CUUAAAAAUUAAAAUCAAUUAUAAUUUGCACAAAAAAAAUAUAGUAAAUUGCAAAUUAGAUUAAUAUUAAAUAAGGAUAAUAAUAAUUUUAUAAAAUUAAUAUUAAAUUAUAUAUAAAAUAAUAAUGAAUAUGUGAAAAAUUGGUGUAAAUAGACGUGGUCAUUGUGUGUGUCAGAGAGGGGGGAGGGUAGCGCGCUUUUUUCUCGACGCCAUUUUAUGGUCAGUCUAUCAUGAACCGUGUGUUAUGUGAGUGUGUAAAUUUAGCUUUUGGCGACACUGACUGUUAAGAUAUUAGUGCACGCAGAAGUGGGAGCUGUCAAUUAUCAAGGCCCUUUUUUUUUUUUUUUUUUUUCCCAAUACGUAAAAGUGUAGUAUUGAAUUAUUCCCAAAAAACGAAAAUAAAAAGUCAUUUAUGCUGACACUGAAAAAUUAUAUGUGUAUGGAUCCAAAAAUUUGUUGGAAACAUCAGCGUGACAGCUUAGGAAAAAAAAAUAAAAAUAAAAUAUACAAAAAAAAUAAUAUGGGAGUAUUAUUGCUACGUAUUCUAUAAUAAAAAUAAAAUAAUUUAAAUGAGAACAAUGUUGGAAAAAAAAUGAGGUUCUCUGCUGUUCAGGAGGAUGGCUAUGGGGUAGGAUUGGGACAAGAGCAUGUCCCAAAUAAUAAUGUUGAUGAUAUCAUGAUGGCUGCCACUGGUGGUAUUGUAUCAGAUAGCGAAAAUAUUGUUGACGAAUGUUCUAUGACCUACAAUUUACCGCUAUUAUUUGCCAGUGGAUAUCCUUCAUCACUUGACAAAAUAUCUGUGCCAGAAUUGGAAAAAUUCAUAACAUUUAUGGUGCAAUGUUCAUAUGGUGGUCCAAAUGCUCCAACAUUGAGUCGUGUACCACCAUGGUGGCCUGAAGAAAUUCAGUACUCAAUUCCAUUUAUCAGACCUUCAAAAGUCAGCAACGAAUGGCUGAUAAACUUAAAAAAAUUAGUAUCUAGAUGUUAUACGUAUCAUAGCAGUGAAUAUUUAUUACGUUUCUGUAAAUACCUCGCUCAAUAUCCAAGAGAAAAGCUUCGCUAUGUCAAUAAUUGGGACUCGACAACAAGUCUUUACCACAAAAGUACUGGAAAAUUACUGGCAACAUUUCGUAAUGAAAAUAUGGAUUAUGACAAGGUUGUUGAAAGUCCCAGACGUUCAUUAUUACCACCAAAUGGGGCUACAUCAAAUUUACAAAAUAAAAAAUCAAAAACAAAAGAAAGAAGACAAGUUGAUGGACCAUCUCUUGUUGUUAUACAACCUGAGCCUUCUCAACAUGAAAUUUAUCUGUGUGAUAAUUGUGAUGCUGAAUUUGAAGAGCUCGAUCAGAUGAAGGAUCAUGAAAAAAUAUGCAGUGUUCCAGUACAAAAUGAUGUUAAUUCAAGGCCAGUAACACCAUGUGAUAUAGUUACUGAAUUGAGUCAAAAUAAAUUUUUAGAUUACUUUAAAUUAUUUGGUGGGAAUGAGGUGUUAAAUGUUGCUUCAUCAUCAUCAUCAUCAUCAUCAUUAUCAUUACCACCAUCAUUGGUGUCAACGACAACAAAUUCAACAACAACAACAAUUAAUACAAAUUCAAAUUCAAUUUCACAUGUAUCAAAAUGUAUUGCUGGAUCAACAAGAUCAUCAAGAAGAACAAGAACAACUGUUAAUUUAGCACGUUGUCCAGCAAUACCAUUUUCAUCACCAGCUGGUCUUGCAAUGCUUAAAAAAUCACGUGUCUUAACUGAUGAUAUAAAACUUGAAAAGCUUGAACGUAUUGAAAAACACACUAUUGCACCAGCAUUAAAUAAUGUAUGCAGACCAAAAUGGUUAAAUAGACCUAAAGUAUACAGUCGUUGGAGUGUAACAUACAAACCAAAUCGUGAAAAACCACAACGUAAUUAUACUCAUAAAUACACAUUUGGUGCAUUUAAACGAAAAAAAUUUGAAUUAAACAUACGAUCACAAAUACUUUAUGUAUCUUGUCAAAAUUUAUAUAUACAUCUUGACAUUUUAACAACUGAUGAAUUAGAAGACUUGAAACAAAAUCCAUGGAAAUAUCGUAGUCCAGUACCAAAAUAUAUACCAAAUUAUCGUCGUGAAAAUUUAAUUAAAAAUAUCAUUCAACCAUCAACAAUAACAGGUAUAAAACGUAAAAAUUUAUUACAUCCACCAGCACCAUCAUCAAUACAAAAAAAACGUAUGAAAUUAAAAAAUAAUAAUAAUAAUAAUGAUAAUAAUUAUAAUAAAAAUUUAAUAAAAAAUAUAAAUGAAAAAGAUAAAUCAUGUCAACGAAAUUCAGAGCCAUCAACAAUAGUAUUAGUUGAUCUUUGUUCAUCAGAUGAUGAUGAUAAUACUCCAAUAAUAGUAUUGUCUGAUGAAAAUCGUGAUCCAGCUGUUAAUAAUUCAUCGAAAUUAAAUUUUUUUCGUAAUGUUACAUCACAAACAAAUAAUAAUAGUAAUAAUAAUAAUAAUAAUAAUAGUAAUAAAUUUAGACAAAAAUCACUUGGUAAUUUUACAUCUGGACCAGAUUGGUUGUGUGAUAAUUUAUUAAAUGAUGACAAUGAUAAAUGUACGACAAAUGUCAAGUGUCUUGGUAAUUCAAUUGAUUCAUCAAAUACAUUUUCAUCUGUACUCAAACAAACUCCAUGAAAAUAAUAUUAUAAACAAUAUAUAUAUAUAUUUACAUAUAUAUAUAUUUAUAAAUAAUCAUUGUGGGAGAAGAAAAAGGACUAAAUAAAAUUAUUAAAAAUAAAAAAACAAAUUAAAUCAAUUAGUGGGUAUUGUGAUGCAGUUUAUACUGCUGGAAAAUUCUGCUAAUGGAUUUUUUCAUAUUUUUCUAGAACGACUAUUUACUAUUACUUUUUUUUUUUUUCUUUAUAUUUUUUAUUGUUGAAAAUCAAAAAUGACAUACGUAUUUUUGUUGCACUUGAACACAGUGCACAUGUUGAACUUAAAAUAAUUCUUAAAUAUUUAGUUUAAUUUACAAAAUACAGACUGUUUUUUUUUUUUCAUUUUUUUUUUUUUUUAUAAUUUGUUUAUUUAAUUUAAUUUUAAGGUAAAGUUUAAUUUAUAGAGAAGAACAACUUGAUGUUAUUAUUAUUGUUAGAAUCAUUAUGAGCAUGUUUUAUUAUUAACUCAUUGUUUAGACGAAAAAAAAAAGGGGAAAUUCUGUCAUCGAAUUCAACGAAUGUCAUGUAUUUAUAUCAAUGUCAUCAAAUGUGUAUUUAUAAUAAUUAAUUCAUUGAUAUUAUUAACGAUUUAU